CCAUUUACCAAUACAGGAAUUAUCAAGUCCAAAACCAAGAUGGCAGCGCUCAUGUGCCGACCGUCAAAUAUUUUCAAAACAAUUCGAUUUGCUCAGCUCGGACAUUUACGAAACACGCAGUCAGUUACUGUUCAAGAUCAAUAUGACGAAGAUGCACAUUAUCCACCAAUCAAACCUAAAUUUCCUCCUGGUAGCUGGGGAGAAAUGGAGCCCCUCUUUGCCUGGUUCUGGGAAAACGAUCGGGAGAAGAUUUCAGCUUUGAGAAAUGUCAAAGAUAAAGUUGAUUAUAUAACUAAAGGCGAUCAUAAAGUAUGGAAAUACAAUAGCCUUGACACAACCCCAGACAUGCUUGAAUAUCAGCGUAAAAUAACAAAAACUUACAUGAUUCGUGGUUCAUUACCUGCCUUAUAUGAUGAUCUUUCUUUUGAUGAUCAUUUUGAUGACAGUUUGUUGAAAAAAAUAAUUUCAGAAUCAAUAAUUCAAGAAUUAGAACUAAACAGAGAAAGGUUUAAGAAGCAUGCUAUAUUAAGAGAUCAUAAUAGACCACAUCGGUUAGUACAUAGAUACGAUUAUGAGCAUUCAAAUGUUCUGUCAUUGAAUUGGUUUUCAAAUUUGCUCGGAGUACUAAGUGCCAGAAGGAAAGAUAUUUUUGAUAGUCAUGUUGAUACCGAUGUUAAAAUCUCUGCUUGUUGGUCUCGUCAUGGCGUUCUCAGAAAGAUGCCAAGAAGAAAACCAAGAAUUGCAAAAGGAAAAGAAUACCUGAGGCAGAAUAACAGCGAGUUUUAUGGAGAACAUACAGUGGACUUCCAAUUAAGGAAAAGCAAACCAUUACCAGAGUUUGUUCCAACUAAUGAUGAAAUAUGCCACAACUUAAAGUACUCAAGUAUGGAAGAUUACAAUCCGAGAGUACUUGGUCAGUUCAGAGGACUUGUCGAUCGUAAAUUCAGACCAGGAUACAACAUUGGUUCAACAAAUGAAUUCAACCACUUGAGUUUUAUUUCCUUGAAAAAUCCAAAAUUGAAACGCAUAGAAAUUACUUGUGGUGAAUCAUAUGGGAGACAGGCAAACUAUGGCUAUGCAAUGAGCACUGGCUUUCUGUCUACAGUGGCUCAAGCCCACAUGCUAGGUUUUAACAUGCACGAGGAGCUGACCUAUCCGUUCACAACUCAGACCAUAUUGACAGACGGUCAGAACUUCAUAUUGUCAGCAUAUCAGCUGAACACCUUACAGCUGUGGAAAGACGACAAAGCAAACACUCUUCAAAAUGUCUGCUGGGCAACUGAAAGUGAAAAACUGUACGAGGAAUAUAAAGAUGGGGAACUUGUAGGAUUUAACGACAAUCUCUUGAAACAGAUACUGAAAAUGUUCUUGAUUCAGCCUUGUGACAGGAAUGGAAUAGAUCUUGCACCAAAUCUGACAGAUCACAAGCCUAGCCCUCUUGAUAUUCCUGGAAAAAUUAUUUAUAGGACUGUAGAAGAAGAUUUUAAGUACGAUAAGGGUAGUUAAACUUUUUUACUGUUGACUUUGUUGAAUGUACUUGCCGAGUUUGAAGAUAAUUACUUUUUUUAGCUGUUAGCUUGGUAAAUUUUAAUGUUUAUUAAGUUUAACAACAACAACAUUCAAAACAUUAUAUCAGGUUAAUUAUUAUACUAUGUCAUGUUCAGAGAAGGUGUUACCUGAGACGGUUUUCGUAAUACAUUAAUUUUGAAGUUUGUUUUAGAUUUUUUGUAACAAAUAUUUGUGUAGAUCAAUUUGUAAUGGUGAUCUUUAUCAAAUAAUAAAAUUAUAAGCAAGAUGUGCGUGUAGUUUCUUCAGUGUUCUGAAUAGAUUGUCU